GGCAGCUGCUCUGUUAGCAGCGAAGCUAACACGGUUUCACAACCUGUCACCUAACGAUGAAUCCAUGUGUUUUAAUGGAACUUUAAACGUUCACAGUUUAAUAAGAACCAUCGUCCAUCGGUGACUUCAAAAUGCAUCGGUGUCCCGAUUGUCCUAAAGCGUUCCCAUCGCCGUCCAAACUGAAGAGACACCAUCUGAUCCACUCCGGCCAGAAGCCCUUCAGCUGUGGAGCCUGUGGGAAAGCCUUCAUCCAGUCCCAUCAUUUAAAACUACAUCUGCAGAAUGUCCACCGCUCACGGCCGCCGGCGGGCACGCCACCGGAGGCUACCUCAACCAAUCAGCAGCGACCAAGCUGUGACAAACCAGCGGCGGAGACGAGCACACGUAGCAUCUGGGCUGAACUCCCAUUGACUGUGACUUCCUCUGUGGCCUCCCAGCCCCAGUGGAGAAGCAAAACCGUUUGUCUCCCUGUGUCAGAGACUGGAAACCAGUUCAAACCCACGUCACAUGUAACUGAAGUCACAGCGACCGUCUCACGUGAUGUGGAUCCGGUUCAUCGGGAUCCGGUUCAUUCUGCCAACACAUCCGAAUGCGAAGGCAACAAAAGACACACCUGCAAAGUUUGCUUGAAGUCCUUUCAUUCCUCUCUCCAGCUUCCAACUCACAACAAGUCCAAACCGCCCGGGAGGGCACAGAGAAGCGCCAGUAAAAGAAGAAUGUCUCUGAGACACCAGUGUCCGAAAUGUCUGAAAGGCUUUUGCUCCCCGUCCAAGUUAAAACGACAUCUCCUUAUCCACACCGAUCAGAAACCUUACUCCUGUUCAGUUUGCUGGAAGAGCUACCGACAGAAGGGCCACCUGAAAACUCAUUUAGGCACCGGAAAUAAAUGCCCACUUUCUGCUGCCGAUGCCAGACUGAGACUUUCCAACGACAGUAGAACCUCACGUCUGCAGCCUGAGACGCAGCUUCAGCGUCCAUCCGGUCAUCAGGACUCGUCGGUGGAGCUCAAGCUACAAUGUGAAAUACGUGUAAAUACUCUGCAUGAACUGAACACGACUGAAAUCAAGUUAAAUUCAUUUGUAAAACCCGAGCAGACGUUAAAUCCGAGCUUUCAGUGUCACGAGUCAGGAGGACAAGGGUCGCAACACUUCACCCAAAAAGAUGUGAAACGAUUCCGCUGCUUGAUCUGCAACCGAUCGUUUCGUUUAGAGGUGAAUUUAAUACGUCAUGGUCGAAUUCACUGGAACCAAAGGGAAUCGGGAAGUUCGACCUCUUUGCAAAACUGUAAUAAUGUAAUCAAACAUGAGCCUGAGCCCGAACCUGCCGACCUCACCGACUUCAACAUCAUUGUUAAACCAGAAAUACACAGAGAGAAUCUCCGGGACUCUUUUCCUCUGGAGGCUGCGUCCGUUCCACCAGCCGAACAGACGAGAGCAACUCUCCAGCAGCGGAGAAUCAAACCUUCACAUCAGUGCCGCUCGUGUUCCAAAUGUUUUUCGUCCCCGUCGAAACUUAAGAGACACAUGAUGAUUCACACGGGACAAAGGCCCUUCAGCUGUGAGAUCUGCGGAAAGCGCUUCCGGCAGAAAUCCCACCUGAGGGUCCACUGCCGCACGCACCUGUUGAGCAGAUACCAGAAGCAGCGAUCGCUCUACAUCAACCGGCCGCCAUCACGCACCGGAGGGUUCCACACGAGGACGGCAGCACACGUCCCGGUCCAGGAAGUGUUACGACAUAAAAAGUGUAAUGAGACACUUACUGGUUGUGAUGUGAUCUUUGCAAAACACCCGGUUCAGACGCCUUCUACAGCAACUGUUCAGAAUAAUUCAGAACCAGGGAUCAAGUUGUUUCCACAAAUCUCCAAGAAAAGAGAAGUUUUGCCCUUGAUAACAUCUCCUAGAGUGAAUAAGACCCCGACGGAUAAACCAGUGCAAAUUCAUGGCAACACGCGACACCAGUGCUCCCAGUGUCUGAAGAGUUUCCCGAGCACCUCUAAAUUAAAAAGGCAUGAGAUGGUACACACGGGCCUGAAGCCAUUCCGGUGUCCUACGUGUGGGAAAGCUUUUAGGCAAAGGACACAUCUGAAAGCUCACGAAGGGGGACAUUGUACGAGGAAACCGUCCCAACCCGUCAAUCAACAGGCGAGCGUCAAAAAACUGAAAAUGAAUAAUCAGCAGCCGCAGCAGCAGCUUUACCCGAGGAUCACUGUUUGUGUCCCUUCUCUGCAACACUCUGUAAACACUGACUCACAAUUACUUAGUCUUGGUGUGAAAAGUAGAGACAAACUUGUGCAGGAUUGUAAAGGGCCAGAAAUACCUAACGCAAAAGUGAACGGUCCCUUUAAGACAAACACCAAAAGCACUACUUGUAAAAAGAAGAAGCUUCACACGUGUCGAAUAUGCUGCAAGGACUUCUCCUCUCCCUACAAGCUCUCCAGGCACCUGCUCACUCACUCGGGCGUGAGGCCGUACAAAUGCAGCUUCUGCAGCAAAACGCUGACACAGCACGGCCACCUGAAGUCACACGAGCGCAGCUGCAGACAGAGGAGCAGGAUCUCCGAUGGUUCUCACAGAGAAAUGUUAAAUACCAACCAUCUCCAGGAAAAAGCUGUUGAAAACCUUAUUUAUUGUACAGAUUUUAAUUUGGAUGCAUUAACAGAGCAGAGAGAGUCCAGGUAUAGUCCAACCAGCAUUAGCUCGUUUACUGCUGGAGAUUUAGCUUUUUGUCCGGAGGUGAUAGACACCGACUGGCUGGCAGGACCGGAAACAGGCUCACAAGAGAAUUAUGAAUCAGGAGAAAAAGUGGAUCAAGCUACAGACAGUUCAAAUCAGGCCUCAGAUCAGUUCAGCUAUUCGUUUCCCUCCGAGCUUGCCUUUGAAAUAAGUAAGCUCAUCCAAAAUCAAAGCCCUGCAGCUCCACCUUUGUCCCAGCAGCACAAUACGAUUAACGUAGAAACACCUCGGCAGCGAGAAGGAGGGACGGCUGAUUCCCUUAAAAACAAAAGGCUCGGCGAUGUGAGUUCAGUGAAUCUACUUCAGACAGAUUCCCCACAAGGGGACUUGUGUGACCCGGUGAUCGUGUUUGAAUGUGGCGAGUGCACGACAAACUUCAUGAGCGACCACUUCCUCAAGCAGCAUCUCUGUCCUGCUCGGGUUCAGCCUGAAGGGACAAAGGCGACCGCGAGGAACCGCUGUGACAUCUGCUUCAAACAUUUCGCCUCCCCGUCCAAACUGGUGAGGCAUUCUCUGGUCCACACGGGUCAGAGGCCGUUCACCUGCGACGUCUGUGGCAAAACCUUCACUCAGAGAUCCCAUGUCACAACUCACAGACAGACUCAUUGAUGGAGUGACACUGAGAUGGUUCGGUUUUUGUGUGCAAUCUUGUGUUCAUGGUGAUCAUGAUAUGGGAUAAAUAUCAUGCCUGUAUAUAUAUUCAUGAAGUGUAAUGUAUCAUAUUUUUCCCCUAAAUAAAAUAACAUUUGUAUUUUACAGUGAAUCUUGUACAAUUUACGACGAACAAUUCUCAAAAUAUAUUAAAAUACAGGGUUCCUACGGUCAUGAAAACCCUGGAAAAGUCAUGGAAUUGUAAAAUGUGUAUUUCCAGGUCUGGAAAAGUCAUGGAAAAAAAUAAAAUCCCAAAAGUUUUGGAAAAGUCA